CGCGUGCCGGCGUCCAGAGGAGUCGACCGCGCGGUACUGACCGAAGGAGGGAGGCGCUGAGCGACCGCAGGCAAGAUGGCAGCAGAUGAAGCCUCUCAGGACACCUUGCGGCUCCAGUUCAAGGCUUUGCAAGAGAUGCAGCACAAAAGGCUACAGAAGCAGAUGGAGAAACGAAUGGAAAAGGAAGCAAGCCUCAGAAGUAAAGCAGGUGACCAAAAAGAGCCCUUGGAAUUUUCCGAUGGCAUCAGCGUUCUACAAGCCGGAGAUCAAAAGUCAAACAGCAUCUUUGAGCAGAGGGUGCUUGAAGAUGAGAUCGAACACCUUCGAGAGCAACUCAGGGAAACAGUGGAUGAGAAUGGCCGAUUGUACAAGCUGCUGAAGGAAAGGGACUUUGAAAUAAAACACCUCAAAAAGAAGUUAGAGGAGGACAGAUUCGCAUUCACAGGCACAGCUGGUGUCGCUGGGGAUAUGAUCGCCACCAAAAUUGUUGAGCUGUCCAAAAGGAACCGGGUGCUGAUGGCAGAGUCAGAGGGUGCAAAAACCAGGGUGAAGCAGCUGACCAAUCGCAUCCAGGAACUGGAGCAGGAAUUGCAGGUGGCUGUAGCCCAGCUGCCAUCCAAAGGGGCCUCUGACGUAGGAGCCAAGCCAUCGAGGGUCCAGGCAGGAGACAGAACCUUGCCAGAGACCCCGGUGGUGAAGGUCCUGCAGGACAGGCUGGCAGCCACCAACCUGAAGAUGAGUGACCUCCGAAACCAGAUCCAGGCCGUGAAGCAGGAGCUCCGAGUGGCCCAGAAGGUUUUGGUCAGUGAGGUGGGGGAAGAUGUGAACAUACAGCAGCUCUUAUCCUCGCCAGGGACCUGGAGGGGUCGGGCUCAACAGAUUCUUGUUUUGCAGAGCAAGGUUCGAGAGCUUGAGAAGCAGCUGGGCCAGACCCGGAGCCGGUCUGCGGGAACAGCGGGUGACGAACUGCACCUCUGUCCAGACUCCAGGAAGCUGUCGGCACAGGAGAAGCACCUGCUGAGGAUCCGCAGCCUAGAAAGGGAGAAGCAGGAGGGACUGGAGAAACUUACAGGUGAGCGGGACACCCUCCAGAAAGAGAUUGAAGAGCUGAGGAAGAAGUUUGAGGGUGUGAAGUCCCGGAACAAGGUGCUAUCGAGUGAAGUAAAGACGCUCAAGAGUCAGAUGGGGACCUUAGCAGAGAAGGGCAGGCACGACGACGAGCUCAUCGAUGCCCUCAUGGACCAGCUGAAGCAGCUCCAGGAGAUCCUGGGCACCCUGAGUCUGCAGGAGGAAAAGACACGAGCAUCCCAGCAGUGCCUGGACCAGCAGCUCCACAGUGAGGCCCAGCGCAGCAGCAACCUGGUCACCCAGCUGCAGGCCAUGGUGGCCGAGCGGGAGGCCAAGGUGCGACAGCUGGAGAUGGAGAUUGGGCAGCUCAGUGCACAGUGUCUUCGGAAUAAAGGAAUGGGUGAGGGCUUCAGCGGGCCUGAGGUCCACUCUGCCAGCACCAAGUUCCUGGAGGACCCACGUCUUUCCAGGCCCCCAGCCUCAGCAGGGGAUCAUGCUGGCAGGCUGGGAUCUUCUCGCUCCGUGACCAGCCUGGGCCACAUGCUGGUGGAAUCUUCUCUCACGUGGCCUUCCAUGCCCAGUCCUCACAGGGCCUCACCCAGGUUCUCCAACUCUCCUGAACAAAAGGGCUGGCAGGCACAGGUGACAGAGUUCAAGGCCCUCUGGCAGGCCACCGAGGUGGAGCGUGACCGGCUCACCGAGUUUGUCACUGUCCUGCAGAAACGGGUGGAGGAGAGCAAUGGCAAACUUCUGGAGUCAGAGAAGAAGCUAAAAGAGGAGCGCCAACGCACCGUGGCACUGGAGCAGCACCUGGAGAAGAUGCGCCUGGAGCCUGGAAGGACGGCAGCCUCUCAGAGAUCAGCCACCAGGAGCAGAACAGGUCGGCCGGCCUCUGGCACCAGGCACAACCUGAAUGGGAGCGAGAGGAAGGACCCACCCUUCAGCCAGCUCUCCAAUGUGCCUGUGGAGUCGCAGAUGGAGGAGCUGACCACCAGGCUGGCCAUCCAGGCUGAGGAGAAUGAAAUGCUGAAGGCAGCCCUGGGCAGCGCCCUGCGGGGCAAGGAGGAGGACAUCCACAUGUACCACGAGACCCUGGGCCAGGUGAAGGGGGUCUUUCUGCAGGCCCUGCGGCAGCAGAAAACGGACAAGCACUAGGAUGACAGCCCAGAAUCAGCCUGGUUGGAGGGGGUCACCUCGGGCCUUGAGAGGAAAGGGGAGUCAACCUGGGCCACCUAGCUCAUCCCCUCCUCCCGGAGGAGGUGCUGCACGGCGAGCAGGCCAGGAGGGCAAAAGAGAAGGCCUUUGAGAUCCCUGGAGGAGGACCCGGGCAGGCUCAUGUCAGCAGGGAGGAGGCAUCACCACCACAGCCAGGCAGCCGGAGCACAGUCUGGGACAGAUGAUCACCACCAGGGGACACACGGCUGGUGGUUCCUGAACCCUUGCUGGGCUUCACAUGCACAGGGGAACCCUUGGUGCUCUUGGCUGGGAACAUCCCCCAGGCUGCCCAGCCCCUCGUCCCUCACCCCUGACAGGGGCAUCCCCACACCCCCAUGCCACCCUCUCUGUGGUUAGCUUGCCCCACCACUCUCGGCAGACUUGGGGACGCUCGGCCACCUUGCCAGCCCACUCCUCGGGUCCUUUCUUAGAUGCAGAGCCUCAGACUUGAUUAUUAUCAAUUAUAACAAUUGUUGUCGUAA